ACAUACUGAGUAAAACGACAGCCUGUUGUAGACUAUUUGUAGCAAGAGUGAUGUAAGGAGUCUCAAACAAAUCGACGUUGUCUGAAUCUGUCUGAAGCUCAGAUAUUCCAAAGCGCAGCAUCCACAUAAAGACGCGUUGUUCACGCACAGAGGAGGACACAAAUUAUAACAAAUAUCCAUUAAAAAAUAGCGAAGAUGGUGUCCGCUGGACUGGAGAUCCUUGGGCUGGGGCUGUGCGUCAUUGGCUCGCUCCUGGUGAUGGUGGUGUGCGGGCUGCCCAUGUGGAAGGUAACGGCGUUCAUCGAGGCCAACAUUGUGGUGGCUCAGACCAUCUGGGAUGGGCUCUGGAUGUCUUGUGUGGUGCAGAGCACCGGCCAGAUGCAGUGCAAGGUGCACGACUCUGUCCUUGCGCUCGGCCACGACCUGCAGGCGGCGCGAGCCCUCACCGUCAUCUCGUGUGUGUUUGGCGUGCUGGGGCUGAUGGUGGUGAUCGCCGGGGCGCAGUGCACCAACUGCAUUAGCGCCGAGAACGUCAAAACCCGGGUGGUAAACGCCGGAGGGGUCAUCUACAUCACCAGUGGGUUGUUUGUGUUAGUUCCUCUCUGCUGGAUGGCCAACAACAUCAUCUCUGACUUCUACAACCCACAGGUGCCCGCGUCCAAAAAGAGGGAGAUCGGGGCCGCGCUCUACAUCGGUUGGGCGGCCACGGCGCUCCUGCUGAUCGGGGGCGCGCUACUCUGCUGCUCUUGUCCUUCUGACGGGAAUUCGGGCUAUUCGGCCAAAUAUUCCCCGACCAAACGGGCCACACCGAACGGGACCGGAGACUAUGACAAAAGGAAUUACGUGUAGCCCUGCUUCCCACCCUCGGGAUGGGGUAGCUAUGCUGUGCGUAAAUGUGCUGUGAUCUUUUGAAAAACUAUUUUUUUAAACGUAUUUUUUGCACCUGCAGUUUACUCUGAACUUUGAAAUCAAUUAAAGCAUCAUUUUGUUACACUGACUAUAAACUAAACACAAUAUUGGAUAACAUAUUCGUUCAUCAUUUUUGCAAACAGCAGAAAAUAAACUUUUUGGAGACUAUGCAUAUACGUCUGGAUAUAAAGUGAUAGCCAAUGACAAAAAUGAGCGUCUUUGUUUUAGGUACCUGUAUUUUUAAAUGUCCUAGUCUAUAUUUUCUAUGAUCGCUCAUAAUCCCUUGCAUUUUGAAAUGUUUACCAUUAUGAAGAUUAUACGACUGAAUAUAUCCACUGUUUUGUUUUACUUCAGUGUAGGCUUCGGUUACUGUGAUUUCGGAGGGAUAGCACUCCAAACCACCUAAAAGGUUUUUGGACAGUGGAUUUUUUGCUUCAUGGCACUGUGGGACGAGCUAAAAAAAAUACAUGUAGGCUAGGCCUAUUUUUAUGGAAACACAACUCAGGCGUCCUUAUAUGUAUGUGUCUAUAAUAGUGGAAUAUAAUCUAUUUUACAAAAAUUAGGACCAUAGAUUUAGAUGCCAAAUAUAGGAUGUCCAGAUGAAACUUUUAAAAGUUUGCAAAUGUGAGUUUUAUAUCUGUAUGUAGAAGCUGUGCUGGAUGUGUUUCUUGUCAUGGAUUUGUAUGAAUACAUUGCUGUUUUACUAACUGGUUUUGUUAAUGUUUGACGUAAAGAUCCAUUAUAUAUUUCAUGCAAUAUCCUUUCCAAUGUUAAACUGAGAUUAAACUGAUGUCGUCUUAAAUGUA